GGAACUUACACACCCAUUGGCCCACCAUGCCGCCUUUCAAGGAUGACCAGAUUAUAGUUAUUGCGCCAGGGUCAGAAACUACUCUAGCGCAGCUCGGACUGCCAGAGUCCUUCACCCCAGCACGAGUGCGCAUACGAUCGCGCAUGUUCCCCGCCGAGAAAGGGGGGGAGUUUGAACCAUACAAGAUCAGACGGCGGCAAGACAAGCCGGUGGAGAAGCCAGCUGAGCAAGACGGUGAAGCGCAAGGCGAGGCCAAGCCAGCUACAGCCGGCGACGACGACAUCAUAUGGGAAGAAGACCGCAUUUCAGAAGAAGGAGCGAUAUGGCCGAUUCAGGACGGCAAGAUCACGGACUGGCCUUGCUUCUUCGCGCUCAUUUCACAUGUGUACAACACAUUGAACCCACCCUUCCACACUGCGAUCCUCCUCAUUACACAGCCAUCAUGGACCCCACGAGAGCAUGAGAAGCUUACGCAGUUCUUCUUCGAGAAGUUCAAGACCCCAGCAUUUGGCCUCAUGGACGCAGCGCUGGCAACAACAUGGGCGUACGGGGUACACACCGCAACCAUUGUAGAUGUGGGCAAGGGCAAGACCGAUAUUACGGCUGUCAGCGAGUUCAUCCCUCAUGUUCAGGGUCGCAUCAUCUCUCUAUCGGGUAGCGGAGGUGAAGCCUUCACCGAGACCUUGCACUUCAAGUUGAAGUCGAAGGGCUUCAAUCGGGACAUAUGUGAGCAGCUAAAGAAGUCACCCAUCUGUGAGAUCUUGCCCGAAGGUACACCACUUCCAGGAUCUGGGAAGGCGGACGAGGAGGUGAUUACCAACCCAGCAGCGGCAGCGUCUACGGGCGCAGUAAGCUCUGGACCGGCGGCGGCUGCGGCGGUUGGCAACGCACCUCGAGGGCCAGGACCUGAUACAGAGGUCGGCGAAGAAGAUGGCGGCGAGAAUGAGGGCGUCCUCGACGUUGCGAGCAUUGUAGCUGGCGGCAAGAUGAAUGAGUAUUUGGCCAAGAAAGAGAAAGAGAAACAAGAUAAGACAAACGCGAAAAAGAAGGGUGCCCCGGUACCAGAUGCGAACAAGCCUGUAAGGCUACCUAAUUCGAAGCGAGAAAAGGCGACGUUUCUGUACGAAGACCAUGCGCUACUGGAUGCCCUGAAGAAUACAAAUCUCGACACUCAAGGCAUGGCUGACGCAAAGGCCGCAUUAGAUGAGGGUCCAACUAAGAAGGCGUCAGAGGGUGAGAACAGUGAAGCAGCAGAAGCCAACGGCACUGGCGAAGCUGCGUCUGCAACAUCACGGUCAGGCCACAUAAGGCGUGAGAUGGAAGUUGGUACAGAGCGAUUUUUGGCGGGCAGCAACGGCACCCUGGAGAAGAUCGCAGACGCCAUACACCGAGCCAUAUCCUCGGUAGAUGAAGUGAAUAAGCGCAGCGAACUCUGGGACUCACUGAUCAUCUGUGGUAACGGAUCGAGGUUGCGAGGCUUCAAGGAGGCGCUGCUUCAGACACUCCAGUCCAAGUACCUUAUCUCACCUUCAUCAGCCACAAUUUUCACCUCAGAGAUCCCGUCCAACAUCUCCACACCCGCCGGCACAGGCGCCAAUACCCCGCAGCCCCAGCUUGGUCCUCACGGGGGCUCUGGAGUCAACCCUCUACUAUUCGCAGCCACGACUGCCCAGUCUCAGAACCUCAUGCCUCACGGCAGCAACCCGCUGAUGCCUGGUCUGUCACACAACGCACACUCUUCACAUGGACAGACUCCUACUUCGAUCAAGACGGUCAAGCCACCAGAGUACUUUCCUGAAUGGAAAGAUGUGGGAUUCGAUGAAUCGGCCUUCCUUGGUGCACAGGUCGCUGCGAAGGUCAUUUUUGUCGUCGAUCAGGGUCAGAGCAAGGGCUACAUGACCCGUCCAGACUACAACGACCAGGGUCCUCAGGGCAUUCAUGACUAUAGCUUGUAGGAAGGGCUAGCAGUAUGUGGGUUUGGCGUUUCUCAAACAGCGUAGUUGGGCUUGUAUACCUAGAUUGGAGUUUGGAGGUUAUGGAUAUCCUACCGCGGGAUCAAAAUGGAUUGCAAAGGCAAUCUUUGCCGCCUCUGGAGGCACAAGGCAUGUUACAAGUUGGGAUGCAUCAGACAUAUGUCCGGCCUCAGCUCUCAG